AUGCCCCAGGAACACCAUCUCGAUGCCCUCGUUGUGGGCGCUGGCUUCUCGGGCAUUUAUACCCUCUAUACCCUUCUCAAUGAGGGGUUGAAAGUCGAGGCUAUCGAAAAGGAAAGCGAAGUUGGCGGGACCUGGUUUGUGAAUCAAUAUCCUGGUGCUCUCAGCGACAGUUGGAGCCAUGUGUAUCGGUUCUCCUUCGACAAAGAGCUGCUGCAGACCUACCCCGCUGCGAGAUCAUAUUCAACUCAACCGGAAAUCCUGGAAUACCUCCAGCAUGUCGUCGAAAAACAUGACCUCCGCAAACACAUGCAUUUUAGCACGAAGAUGGUCGCCGCCAAGUGGGAUGAUGAAGCCAAGGUGUGGAGAGUCCAAUGUCAGACAGGCGACAUCUUUCGGGUGAGGUACCUGAUCACAGCUCUGGGACCCCUUGUCAAGCCCAGCAUGCCCGAGAUUCCUGGAAUCGAUGCUUUCAAGGGGCAGAUAGUGCACACGUCCACCUGGGACCCAAGUAUUCGAGUGGAAAACAAACGCGUUGGGGUAAUAGGCGUUGGGUCUAGCGGAGUGCAGACGGUGACCGCUAUUGCAAGCAGGGUCAAAUCGCUCCAUGUGUUCAUCCGCACGCCACAGUACAGUAUCCCUGCGAACGAUCGACCAGUGACCUCCAAGGAACGUCAGUCGAUCAAUGAGCAGUACCCGCAGAUCUGGUCAAAUGUGAUAUCGUCCGCUCUUGGCAUGGGUUUUCAGGAGUCUACCAGACCACUCAUGUCCGUGCCUCCGCAAGAGCGCGAAGAGAUUCUAGAGCACGUCUGGAGGGCUGGAAACGGCAUCCAGCUGAUGUUUGGGGCAUUUUCAGAUGUCACUACUAACGAAGCCGCGAAUGAGGAAGUAUGUCGUUUCAUUCGCAAGAAGAUUGCAGAAACCGUGAAAGAUCCCCAGAAGCGGGCUGUGUUGACUCCCUGGGGGCUUUGGAAUCGACGACCGCUGUCCGAUGCUGGGUACUAUGAGCAGUUCAACCGGGAGAAUGUAUAUGCAAUCGAUAUAAAGAAGUAUCCUAUCACCGAAGCAACGCCGGAGGGUUUGCGCACCGCGGACGGAAGACUGCACGAGCUAGACAUCCUCAUUAAUGCAACCGGCUUCGACGCUCUGGAUGGAUCGUAUGAUGGGAUUGACAUUCAAGGGCGCAACAAGGACGAGGCAUUGAGCGAUCGGUGGAAGCGUGCAGGCCUUGGAUGUUAUCUGGGGUCCUCAGUUGCAGGAUAUCCCAACCUGCUGACACUGGUUGGGCCCCGGUCGGCCUUUGGCAACAUUCCUCCUGUCGUGGAGAUACAAGGCAGCUUCUUUAGAGAUCUGAUCCGACGGGCUGAGGAGAUCUCCGCACAAAGCGGGCAGCAAUGUGAGAUCGAAGCCACCGAGCAUGGGGAACGGAGUUGGACCGAGAUCUGUAACGGCAUAGCGCACAAGACUGUAUUUGGCAAAGGGAACUCGUGGUUGAUGGGAAAGAAUGUACCUGGCAAAGCAGCGACUAGUCUGAUGUAUCUUGGGGGAGUGGCAACGUUCCGAGGCUUGUUGGAAGAUUCCCAAGCAAAGGGAUUUGCUGGGUUUAAGAGUCCACUGGGACCUUCUGAAGAGGCUGCACGGCUUUAG